AUGGGAAAACUUCACAACAUUGCUGUGUUCAUUCGCAACUCUACAAUUCACAACGACGCAUGGGACGACAUUGCGGGGAAAGCCCUCGGUAUCGACAACAUCACGCGCUGGAACUCGUGGUUCAAGCUGCUUGAUGCCGCCAUCAGCCAGGAAGGCCCAUUGUCGGUCUUCGUCAAUCAGUAUCAUCGAGAGCUUGAGGACGACAUCCUGACUCAUGAUGACUGGCAAGUAUUGAAGAUGACACACGAGUUCUUGCAGCCGUUUCACCAGGCCACCAUGGAGCAGCAAAUGGCCUGGGCUUCAAUAGAUCAGGUGCUAGAGAACAUGGACAUACUCUUCGUGCAAUUCGAAGACGCAAAGGUCAGUCGCAGACUCUGCAAGUAUUGCCUUCGGGCUGAAGAAGAGAAGCUCAACUUCGAUGCAGGUCAAGUAUGCCGAAAACGCCCACAUGGUAAGCUCGGUUCACAUGGGCUGGUGGGUUCUUUCAAAGUAUUACGAAGAAACCGACAAAACCCCGUGUAUGCCACGGCACUCUGCUCCAUCCAGAAAAACGGCGGAGGUAUCUCGACCGUCAUUGGGCACCAGAGUGGCGGCAGACAGCCAUUGCUGCAGCGCAGCGGCAAUGGGCGAAGUAUAAGGACAGACCGAUUUCGUCGGAGAGAACCGUGCGACCCAGUUGUGAAGCGCGAGGUCGCUUCUUACGAGCGCAUAAGGCAGUCAAUGAGUGUCCUGGAUGAACCUGGCGAUGAAGACGAGUUUGAGAAAUUCAUCAAUGCUCCUCCGAGACAUAUGCUGACUGCCAAUCCGCUUGAAUGGUGGUGUCGUGAGGAGCAGAGAGCCGAGUAUCCACGCUUGCAUCAGAUGGCCCUUGACAUACUCAGCGUCCCAGCGAUGUCGGACGAGCCGGAGCGGUGUUCUCUGCACAAGGCGGACACUUUCUUGGGAUCGAGCUCGACUUUCCGCGGACAGGACUGA